AUGAGACGGUUUUCCACAGCGGUAGUCAUAACUGAUCCACUCGUCAAGUAUCAGGCUCAUGUUGCCGCUGGCCUUUACGCCCCUGACCCGUCUCAACAUAGGCUCGCACGGCACUUACACAAGAUAUACAACCGAAUCAAAGACUACACUCCCCAGGCAGAGUAUCGCCAGCGCCUGAAUCAGGUAGCCCGCCUUACAGAGGCAAAGCCCAAGGAAGAAGUAAAAGACGAUAGUGGAAAUAUCCUUGCGUUACGGAAUCACUCGAUAUGGCGGAACCCACUGUUCAGGCACCUCCUCUCGACACCCGAAGGAAAAGAGAGUCUUGCUUUGACACGGACACUCACAAACCACGAGUCUGCCAUCGAGAUAGACUCACCUCGGGGAUUAUUCUUAUCAGGAGAAGUUGGUACUGGAAAGUCAAUGCUCCUUGACUUACUCGCUGAUGGCCUGCCUACUGAGCGGAAGAGGAGGUGGCACUUCAAUACAUUUAUGCUAUACACUAUUUCACAACUAGAGCAGCACCGAAAGACAACUUCUAGAGCCAGUGGAGGUGAAACAGACUACUCUAUCCUAUGGAUGGCAAAAAAGCUGGUCGACGAAUCCCCAAUCCUCUUUCUUGACGAAUUUCAAUUGCCUGAUAAAGCAGCCAGCAAGAUUCUCAGUCAUCUUUUCAUCUCAUUCUUUCAGCUUGGCGGUGUACUUAUUGCAUCCUCUAACCGUAUGCCGGAGGAGCUUCAAAAUGCAAUUGGAGUUGAUUACACGCCCGCACCGACAAGGGGACUGAUUCGCAAGUUCUUUGGCAGUGCAGUUCGGGCCCGAGGGGAGCUAUAUGGAUCUACCAGCGACUUCGCAAACUUCCUUGAAGUUCUGAAGGCUAGAUGCGACUUUUGGCAAAUGGAAGGAGCUAGAGAUUGGCGAAGAAGGGAGGAAACGAUCAGUCCGCAAGCUGUGACUGGAGAUGCUGUCGAAGGUGAAGCCGGCGAUGAAGCCGGCAUGCAAGAAGUGCUUACUCAGGACAAGUCUGAGUCUGGAGCAAAGAAGCCAGUCAACUAUUACCUAUCCAAAGGUGAACAGGACCAAUGGCGAGAACGAGUCGAGUCGGCUGUGGCGUGGACGGGGCCUCAACCAUUGCCAUGGGAGCCAUCGAUUAUAGUGGUAUAUGGUCGACAGGUACACACCCCUAGACAUUACAACGGCAUUGUAUUAUGGGACUUUGAAAGCCUUGUGGAAACAUUCGGCCCAGCUGAUUACAUCACAAUGGCCUCUACUUACCAUACCUUCAUCAUUGAUAAUGUUCCCAUUCUCACGCACGCAAAGAAGAAUGAAGCUCGGCGUUUCAUCACGCUUUUGGAUGCUCUAUACGAAGCUCGCUGCAAACUGAUAAUCCGAGCUGAAAACCCACCAGAUACUCUCUUCUUCCCAAAGAUGAAGACCCCUGCGAUUGACAAGACAAACAGCGCAAACGAGCUAGACAACCUCAUAUCCGAAACAAUUGCCGAAGUCUAUCAAGAUCAAAUGUCUCCAUUCCGACCGAAUGUUGCUUAUUAUGACACAAAGUCGAGCACCUCCUCAUAUGAUCCCGACCAGGACUCUGAUUUUGGAAUACAAAAGAAGGCGGUUGAUUUUGCAAACACCAGUGCUUUUACUGGAGAGGAUGAGCGUUUCGCGUAUAAGCGAGCAACCUCUCGUCUAUGGGAACUGUGUAGUGCACAGUGGCAUGCCAGGACAGGAGAUUGGUGGCAACCACUACCUAUCGAGGCUCGGCACUGGGAGGGAGGUGAAAUCUCAAAGCGCCUUGAACAUAAGAUCGGCGCUAAGCGACUGAGCGAGAAUGAAGGCAUGGGCCAAAGUUUGGAGGUUGAGGAGAUGGCUGGGUUAUCAAAAUGGAGGGUCAAGGAUCUCAUGAACUCCGACAAGAGAGCGUAG